UCGUCGUUUUUUCUCACUUUUUGUCCACAACUCGCGGAGAGAGAGAGAGAGAGAGAGAGAGAGCGGGGAAGGGAGAGGAGGAGCCGUCGGUCCCGCCGGCCGCCCGCCACCGCGUCCCCCUUUUGGGAAAGGAGAGAGGCGUCGAGACGACAAGUCGACUCGACGACUCUUCUCCAUCAUGCUUGGCCUCGACAGAGCCCUUCAGAGUUGCGUGUGCUCAUCGAUCGCUAGCGCGUCCUCGUCCUCGUCGGCAGCGUCCUUUUCUUCGUGCUUGUUUUCUCCUUGCUGCUUGCCGGCGAGGGAGCAGAGGCAGCGGAGGGGUUCUCUUCUGUGCAGAUCGUCGGGGGUGAGGUCGUCGGAGACGAUGGAGAGCACGCUUAAGGAGAUCAGGGAAGGUGCUUCGGUGCUGGACAUGGAUGCCAGGGCGACCGUCGGUGGCGGCGUCGGGGACGUCUACGGCGAGGAUCGCGCCACGGAAGACCAGCUCGUGACUCCCUGGACCGUCUCCGUCGCCAGUGGCUACUCUCUGUUGAGAGAUCCCAAAUACAACAAAGGGCUUGCUUUUUCUGCGAAAGAGAGAGAUGCACACUAUUUGCGAGGGCUUCUGCCCCCAGCUUGUCUCACCCAGGAGCUUCAGGAGAAGAAACUGAUGCAAAACCUUCGUCAAUAUCAAGUUCCACUGCAAAGAUACAUGGCUUUGAUGGAGCUUCAGGAGAGGAAUGAAAGGCUAUUCUACAAGCUUAUGAUAGAUAAUGUUGAAGAGUUGCUCCCAAUUGUUUACACUCCCACAGUAGGUGAAGCUUGCCAAAAGUAUGGAACCAUCUUCAGGCGUCCACAGGGUCUUUACAUAAGCUUGAAUGAGAAGGGAAAAAUUCUUGAGGUGCUGAAAAACUGGCCUGAGAAAGGCAUUCAGGUCAUUGUUGUUACUGAUGGUGAGCGUAUUCUGGGGCUUGGUGAUCUUGGUUGCCAGGGAAUGGGAAUCCCCGUUGGGAAAUUGUCUCUAUAUACUGCACUUGGAGGAAUUCGUCCAUCUGCUUGCUUGCCUAUUACGAUAGAUGUAGGAACUAACAAUGAGAAGCUGCUUAAUGAUGAGUUUUACAUUGGUCUCCGUCAAAGGAGAGCAACUGGGCAGGAGUACUCUGAGCUUUUGCAUGAGUUCAUGUCUGCUGUUAAGCAGAACUAUGGGGAGAAAGUUCUCAUACAGUUUGAAGACUUUGCCAAUCACAAUGCAUUUGAGUUGCUUGCAAAGUAUGGGACUACACAUCUCGUCUUCAAUGAUGAUAUACAGGGAACUGCUUCUGUGGUUCUUGCUGGGCUUAUUGCGGCACUAAAAUUAGUCGGUGGAUCCCUAGCUGAGCACACUUUUCUCUUCCUUGGUGCUGGUGAGGCUGGGACUGGCAUUGCAGAGCUGAUUGCUCUUGAGAUGUCAAGACAGACCAAAGCUCCAUUGGAAGAAUGCAGAAAGAGAAUAUGGCUUGUGGACUCAAAGGGACUUAUCGUGAACUCUCGCAAGGAGUCACUUCAACACUUCAAGAAGCCAUGGGCUCAUGAACAUGAACCGGUGAAGACUCUACUGGAAGCUGUUAAGGCCAUCAAGCCAACUGUGUUGAUUGGAUCAUCAGGUGUGGGACAAACUUUUACGCAAGAAGUGGUGGAAGCCAUGUCUUCCUUCAACGAGAAACCCCUUAUCCUAGCUCUGUCAAAUCCAACUUCACAAUCUGAAUGUAACGCGGAGCAAGCAUAUAAGUGGAGCCAAGGUCGUGCUAUUUUUGCAAGUGGUAGUCCCUUUGAUCCUGUGGAAGUUAAUGGGGAAAUGCGAAUCACUGGUCAGGCAAACAAUGCUUAUAUCUUCCCCGGUUUUGGUUUGGGUCUGGUGAUCUCUGGAGCAAUCCGUGUGCAUGACGACAUGUUACUUGCUGCCUCGGAAGCUUUGGCUAAGCAGGUAAGGCAGGAGGAUCUUGACAGUGGGACGAUAUACCCAUCAUUCUCCAACAUCAGGAAGAUAUCUGCACAUAUUGCUGCCAAUGUUGCAGCCAAGGCAUAUGAACUCGGGCUGGCGACUCGUCUCCCGCGACCUGCGGACCUUGUAGCUUAUGCAGAGAGCUGCAUGUACAGCCCCGUGUACCGCAACUUCCGAUAAGCGAAACAAGAAGAGGGUCUCAUCCAAAUGGGCUGGGAAAGGAUAACUGUUUGGUUUUGUAGUACGAAGGGCGUUUAUUUAAGCGUGUACUUUGAGCAGUUCAGAGGACAAGUGUUUUUUUUUUUCUCUUUCUUCAGGUUAAGACUCGGGAGCGGUAGGCUUCGGGUCUUUUAGGUUUGCGUUGGACCGGUGUCUGUUGGAGUUGGAGGGAAGAAUAAUGUACGGUAUACCUUUUGUUUAUCAAAAAAUAAUACUAAAGUUUCCUAUUGCA